UAGGGGGACACUGCGUUUUACGUAAUCAAAAUUAUUGGCGGAAAGAAGAGUCUUUUACAGCAUAUUGAGCCAAAUAGAUUGAUCGAUCGAUACUUGCCGUACGGUUUCCACCAUCAGUGACAAAAAACAGUGUUUUGUGGGGUGUUAGUUCGUGAUAUGUUUCGCAUCGCCUUUUAUCUAGGGGUAUGGAUGUAAGCGGAUGUUUGGGCUGAGAGGAGAAAGUAACCGUUCGCUGCAAAACCACUAGGCCGUUCAACACCGAACGUGGUGCUCGCGCCAGUUGAAGGCUGGAGGCGAAUAUAAAGAUGAUUUUCUCUUCGCAGGUCAUGGCCAGCACACAGCCAGUUGAUCUCACACUUGCCUGGGAAAAGUACAUGGAUUAUCGUGCCCAGGGAGCAGAUCUUCAGAUCAGUCUGCAAUACUUGGAAAGCUUCCUGUGUUUGUUCCACUGUGUGCAACAACUCGGUGACCCUGUGGCCCUUAAGUUCUGUUCUGAUAUGAGUGGUGCCAGUAAUACUCUGGCAAGAGAGUUCCUGACAGAUGUCCACCAGCUUUGUAGUGCUGUGGCUCAGCAGGCAGAGGCCCAGAGAGAGGAUGAAGAAGAGGAAAGUCACAUGGUGGCUCUGGGCGAGUACUUGGUUCGAGGCCGUGGCUUCCUGUUGUUAAGCACCCUGGAUUCAGUAAUCGAUCAGGAGCUGACCUGCCGGGAAGAGCUGCUCACUCUUUUGUUGUCACUGCUGCCGCUAGUCUGGAAGAUUCCUGUUCAGGAAGAAAGCGCCCCAGAUUUUACUCUACCUUCACUUCUGGAAGUACAUCUAAGCCGAGAAGAAAAAGCUGGUGGUCUGAAGGUGGGAAAAGAGAAAAGUGAUUCUGAUGCCCAAAACUUGGGGACACGAUCGUGUGGCGUUUGGAAGUCACGACGUACACGUAGAACUGCACAGAGAUACUCAGUGAGGGAUGCAUGCAAGUCCCAGCUUACCACAUCUGAUUCUGAAGCCAAUUCAGAUGAAAAAGCUGCAAGCACAGGGACCAAACAUCGCAGGUCCCAUGGUUCAUCAUUUCGUGUCAGUUGCCAGCCUCGCCAGUCUGUCAUUCUACAGCAGCGGCCACUGCAGUAUUCUAGUGUGGAUGUUAUGAGUAGUCUAGAAGGAUCCCAGUCUCAUGUGAGGCUCUUUGGAUCCCUACCAACCGAUAGCGAAACACUCACUGACCCCACAGCUCUUUCUGUUUUGAAUCGUAUGGAAAAUUCACCCUUUGACCUCUGUCAUGUUUUACUCUCCCUUCUGGAUAAGGUCUGCAAAUUUGACAUGACCAUAAAUCACAACCCAGGCCUUGCGGUCAGUGUUGUUCCCACACUCACUGAAAUUCUUACAGAGUUUGGUGACUGCUGUGGACCUGGAAGCAGAAGUGGUGGGGGAGGGGUUGAACUGGCUGAAGGCUGGACCGAGGAAUCCAUAGCACUUGUUCAAAGAAUGCUUUUGCGUACCAUCCUGCACUUGAUGUCUGUAGAUGUGGGUCGGAGUGAGGCACUACCUGGUAAUCUGCACCAAAGUCUAACUGACUUACUCAGUGCCACAUUGAAGAUCCGCACCAGCCUUGAGAGACAAGCUUACCCGUUUGCUCCCCGACCCAAAAAGACCCUGCAGGAGGUACAAGAGGACUUCAGCUUCGCCAAGUAUCGUCACAGGGCCCUGCUUCUGCCCGAACUUCUUGAGGGAGUCCUUCAGCUUUUACUUAGCUGCUUGCAAGCCUCUGCCCCUAAUCCUUUUUUCUUCAGUCAAGCUCUAGAAUUGGUUCAUGAGUUUGUGCAGCACCAUGGCCUUGAGUUGUUUGAAGCAACUUGUCUUCAUCUUGAAGCCCUAAGUGGUGCUCAGGAUUCUGAGGGGGGUGAAGCCUCAGAACGUCUGCGUAGCCUAAUUGCUGGUGUGCUUAAGAUAAUAAGUGCAGUAAAAAAAGCCAAGGCAGAGCAGUUACACCAGUCUGUCUGUGCACGCCGUCGCCACAGACGCUGCGAGUACUCCCAUUUUUUGCACCAUCAUCGCGACCUCUCAGGACUGCCUGUCUCUGCCUUCAAGCAGGCAACUCGACGCAACCCUUUUGAGGAGGAUGCUGAGGGUAGUGGUGUACAAGUGUGCUACCCUUAUCGCUGUUGCUGUCUUGCUGCCUGUGCGCACCAGUGUCUGCGCCUUCUCCAACACCUCUCACCGUCAGGACCUGCGGUGCUGCAGGUGCUGGCUGGCAUGCAGGCCGUAGGUAUUUGUUGCUGCAUGAACCCACAUUCAGUUAUAGGUCCUCUUCUUCAAGCAUUUCAAGCACCAGGACUGCACAGCUAUCAGUCCCAUGUUCUAAAUGUGCUUAGCAGGCUUGUGCUGGAGCAGCUUGGAGGAGGACAGCCCUCAGAGAAGGCCAAGCUUGCCUCAUGUAACAUCUGUACAGUGGACAGCGGCCAAAUAUCUGGUAUUGAAGAGACUUUGCAUGGCUAUGGGCCAGGAAAAGAGAUGACCACCUCUACCUCUCCGUAUCCCUUGUCUUACUCACAAGGUGUCUUGCCAAGCACGGGGUCUGAGGACAUGCUCUGGAAGUGGGAAGCUUUAAAAACUUACCAGGAAAUAGUGUUUGGGGGAGAUUGGCAGUUGAGUCAACAGGUUGCCAGUCAUGUGUGCCAGCUUACCUUGCGAGGCAAUGCAGUGGUACAGUGGCAACUGUAUACUUACAUUUUUAAUCCUGUGCUUCAGAAGGGCGUUGAACUAGUUCACCAUGCCCAACAGCUAGGUGUGUCCAGUACAUGUUCCCAGGUCUGCAGCUACCAUACCCAGUGUUUCCCUGUGGAGGUCCUGCUUGUUUAUCUUCAGACACUACCUGCUUUACUAAAAUCAAGCACAGUGGUGCAGGGCCUGUUCCUUAGCUCUAAUGGGCUGAACCAGGUCACUGAGUUGAUCCAUCUAGAUUACACUCGACCUUGGGCCCUGAAGGUGUUUGAGAUGCUGAUCUUAAGUGGCUGGCAUCAGCAAAUGAACUGUGCUCUACAAGAGCUGGGGAAAGUUGAAGACCAAGAGAGAGGGGCCGUACUACGGCUUGAAGAGGACUUGGGUUCUUGUGGGACAGGAGAUGGCCCACAGAGCCUCAGCAAGUUCUAUGAGGGCCUAAAAGAGGCAUGUCCACAUCGGCGGGGCAGGAGUGUUGGUGGGAUUGGGCCUAACCAUGGAGGAGCACAUAUGAACACUAUUAAUCUUUUCCUAUGUGUGGUCUUCCUGAGUGUCAGCAAGGAUGCUGACUCCGACCGGGACUCUGCGAAUGACUCUGAGGAUACCUCUGGCUAUGACAGUACAGCCAGCGAACCCCUGGGGGUUCGUUUACCCUGCUUGUUACUGGACAAUGUAGCACUGCCUUCUAAGGAGCAGGUGAGGCGAGCAGCAGACGUGUGGUCCAUAUGCCGCUGGAUCUACCUUGCCAGUCCAGUAUUCCAAAGACAGUUCUUCAGGAUGGGCGGCCUGGAAGUCUGCCACCGCCUUAUGGCAAUGGUCAUACAGAAUCUUACCUCCAAAAUCAAAGACAGUAAAGUUAAGAAAAAGCGAGAGAGCAAGGGCAAAGCAAGCCCAUCUCAUUCAGACUCCCCUACUGUGACAAGAGUGCAGGCAGAGGUUAUACCCACAGCACCUGGAUCACAGGAAACCCACCAGCAGGACCUCAACAGCUCCUUGAAUUUUAGUCAAGUAGAGGGCAAGAGCAAGGACCCAGCAUACAAGCUGGAAGAGGAGUGGCUUUUGCAGAGCAUUCGGCUACUGGAAGCCCUUCUGGCUAUCUGUCUCCACAGCGCCAACGCAGCCGUGCAGAAACUUGAGCCAGAUCUUUCAUUCCAGUCAGUGGAGGGGACACUGUGUGAGGUGAAAGAUCAGCUGUCUUGCUCUGGUGUGGUGAACUCUGAUCUGGCUGUUCCUCUGUUUGACGCUCUGUUGCGUGUGGCGCUGGCUGAGGUAUGCGGUGCUUCACUUGCUGUUAAGGAGAAACCGGAAAAGAAGAGUCAGGGGGAUGGUGAGGCACUGGCUCCAUCAGGAGAUUUAUCUGAAGAAGCAGAUGAAGUUCAGGUGUGUGGUUUUCAAGCUCUCAUAGAGGAAGAAGGCUACGAGGCUGAUAGUGAGAGCAACCCUGAGGAUUCUGCCUGGCGGGAGGAAGGUGUGAAGGUGGAGGUGGCAGCCUCACCAGGACAAUGUGCAUUUGGGCCUACCGGUGUGGCCCAGGGCCUGCUGAUAUUCCCUGAGAUUUGCCUCAUGGAGCUGCAGCUGCUGGCCAGCAGCUCACCAGAUCUGGAAGUGCUUGACCAUGUAUUGCAGAGCCUGCUGAAAGCUGUGCGAGGCCACCAUUGCAAUGCUGCAAUGAUCUACCAACAGGGUGGUGUGAAAAGCAUUCUGAUUGGCUUUCAGAACAUUCUCAGCCAGUCAGAUCCCUCCUAUAAAGAGUGCCAGACAGUUCUUGUGGAGCUGCUGGUUACCUUGGUGAACAACAGGAUGACAGCAGAAGAGUUGGCCUUAUUGAUUCACCUUUUCCUGGCCAAGACUCCUCCCACUGAGACCUUGCUGAAUGGUAUUCUCAAGAUGGUGCUAGCUAAUGCAGAUACAGAGCCCCUGCACUACCUGUCCUUUCCUAUGCUCUUGGGCAUCAGUGCCCCAAGCACAAGCUCCUGUGUGGGGCUGAAGACUAAUGUGGUGGCUGGAGCCAGAACAGGGAUGGGCAUGCUCUGGAGGGGUAAACAGUCACCAGGCCAGGAUGAAGGUGUCAGACAUCCAGGGCACUCACACACAUCCCCCUGGCACAUCGCUCCUCUCCACCUUCCUCUGGUGGGGCAGAAUUGCUGGCCACAUAUGGCCAGCGGCUUCAGUGCAUCACUCUGGGUACGAGCUGUAAAGAGUGAGGAUGAGGAUGGGCCAUCACAUCAAGGUGAGAAGGUGAUGUGGGUUGAUGGACUCCAACGUGGUGCCUCUCAGCUGGUGGAAUGUCAAGGAGAGAAGGGCCUCUUGCAUGUGCUCUCAAUGGGCUCCAAAGCCCUCAUGCUGCAAGUCUGGGCAGACGUUUCUACUGGAGCCUGCAUCUUCAGGAUCUGCAUUGAUCCCAAUGAUGAGAUGAAGGCUGGUCUUCUGGCCCAGACCGAGUCUGGUGAAGGAGUUCUGACCGCAGGCCUAUGGCAGCACUUGGCUCUUACCUACACACAACAACCUGAGGGCAAGAAGAACAUCCAUGGCCAUUUGGUGCUUUGGGCAUGUGGCAUUAAGAAGUGUGAGGUCUCGUUAGACUACACCCUCCCCAGGAAGUCCAGUUUGUCAUCUGAUAGUAACAAGACCUUCUGUAUGCUGGGCCAUUGUUUAUCCCCCUCGGAAGAGCUGCCUUGGCCUGUGAAUCAACGCUUGGAGAUCGGCACCCUUUUCCUGUUUAAUGGCUCUAGAAUCAACACUGAGGAAGCCUUUUAUCUGUACGCAAGUGGGCCUGACCUCACCUCCAUUAUGCCAUGCAAGUAUGGCAAACCCAGCGGGGCAUUGUCCAAGUACAUUACUCAGGAAAGUCUUCAAUGUGAGCAGAUUCGGGACCUGCUGAUGAGGAAUUCUGAAGUAGACACAUCUCUUCUUGUUGAGAGUCUGGCAGUUGUCUACUCUCCCAGUAGUCCAUCUGUCUAUACCAUUUAUGAACCAGUCAUCCGUCUGAAGGGCCAGACCAAGAUAACUGUAGCAUCCCAAAGGCCGUUCAGUGCUAAAGAGGUCCAGAGCUUCAUGCUUGAACCAUCUUCACUUAGGAGCCUGCAGGCCUCCCAGCCCUUUGGCCUCCACAGCUGCCUGCAUAAAAUCGGGGGAAUGGGUGCAUUUGUCUUCCUCUUUGCUCGGUCAGUGGAGUUGAGUGAUUGUGAGAGGACGCAGGCACUGGCUCUGCAGGUGCUGUUAUCCCUGGUUAAGUACAGUCAGCAUCGCUCACACGAGAUGGAGUGUUACCAUGGUUACUCUAUGAUUCACCAAGUCCUCAUCAAGACCAAGUGCAUUGUUGGAUAUCAUAUGCUUAAGACUCUGCUGGACGGCUGCUGCAGUGCCUCAAUCCUAACAGUAGGGGAGGAUGGCCAGUGGCAUCUGGAUACUGAAUCCACUGCAGUAGUGCAGGACCUCAGGCUGCUCUCAGAAGUAUUACUGGACUGGAAUAUAUGGGCCAAAGCUCAGAUUGGAGUCUGGGAGACACUACUGGCUGCCCUGGAGAUCCUCAUCAGAGUGCACCAUCCACAGCAGACGUUCAACAUUCGCCAACUCCUCAAAGCUCAGGUUGUGCACCGCUUUUUGCUCACCUGCCAGGUUCUGCAGGAGAAUCGGGAUGAGCACCUUACAUCCAUCCCACAAGAAGUUUGCCUCUCCUUCAUCAAAAUCAUCCAGGAAGUAUUGGGCUCUCCCCCUGACCUUGACUUGCUGCGCCUGCUCUAUAACUUUCUGCUGGCUGUACAUCCACCUACAAACACAUACGUGUGUCACACCCCAUCCAGCUUCUACUUCUCUCUGCAUAUUGAUGGAAAGCAGUACCAGGAGAAGGUUCAGUCCAUGAUGUACCUGCGCCACUCCAGCAGUGGGGGGAAGUCUGCCUGCAGCUCUGUGCUCUCUCUGUCCCCUACACCUUUCACUGAGAUGCAGUCUGAAGUGCACCAGCCUCCCUCUUCAGAACGUGGAGGUGAUGACCUCUCCUUACUUCCUCCCAGCUCCACUCCUUUUUACUCAUCCACUGCCUUUGUGGAAGGCAGGGUUCGCCAAGACUCAGCCAAACCACGCAAGCGAGAUCAGGGAGCAUCCCUGACUAGCCAGCAGACUAGCACAGAGACACUGAAGCGGGGUGAGGAUGAGCACCUUCUUAGCAGCUGUGAGUCAGCCAAGACAAUCUGUGACACUCAGGACGUAGAUGGGGUCGAGGAGGCCUUUCGCACCCAUUCCAUCAGCCUGGAGGAGGAGCAGGAGCCAAUAGACAGCUCAGCAGAGAGCAGUGCCGUCACAGAAUUGGAGGGUCAUGCACAUUUGGCUGUAGAGGAUACACCACAUAGGCCAGACAGCCUGAAAGGUAUUCAGUCCUUUCAGAGGAGCCAUAGCGACCUGGCCAGCUUGGGCCUAGCCUUUCCUGCACAUAACGGCUCUCUGGCAAUCGCUCGCUGGCCCAGUGUGUCUGACCGCAGUGCUCCAUCCGAUGACUGGGAGGGCUACACCUACUCACCUGGCUAUGAGAGGGCACAGAGCAAGACUGAUUCCACUAGUGACAGGUCUGUUACAGAGGACUGCUUGAUACUGAUCUGCUGUGGGUUGUAUGAUCUGCUGAGAGGUGUUCUGCUAUUGCUGCCAGACCUCAUGCUGGAGGAAGUGAUGGACAAACUGAUACAGCCAGAGGCCCUGAUUGUACUGGUCAACCACUCUUCCCCCCUGAUACAGCAAGGGGUCAUGAAGCUCCUGGAUGCAUACUUCAGCCGAGCCCAGAAGGACCAGAAGGAGAAAUUCUUAAGGAACCAUGGCUUUUCUCUACUGGCCAACCAGCUGUACCUGCACCAAGGAAGUCAAGGCAUGUUGGAGUGCUGUCUGGAGAUGCUGUUUGGUCAGCCUGUGAACCUAGAGGAGGAUCUUGACCUGGAGGACAUGGAAAGCAUUUCACCAUUUAGGAAGCGCUCUGUGGUGCCCAUGCUGGGGUUGCUGGAGAACUCUCUGUAUGAGAACUCAUUGAUCCACAAUGCCAUGUGUGUGCUGCUGCAGCUCUUGAACGCUUGCCCCAAACUGGCUGACAUCCUCCUGGACCACGGCCUACUUUAUGUGCUCAUCAACACACUGUCCACCCUCAAUGGUCUGGAGAAUGGGAUUUCGCCAAAUGACUACAAGCUGCUGGUUUGUGACAUCCAACAACUACUGGUGGUGGUGACGAUCCAUGCCUGCAGUUCCUCUGGCUCCCAGUACUUCCGCAUCAUUGAGGAUCUUAUCACCUUGCUGGGCUUCAUGCAGAGCAGCAAAGUACACCGCACUCAAGAAUUGGCAAUGUCCCUGCAGUUCCGUGUCCUCCAGUCAGCUAUUGACUUCAUCAUGACAACAGCUCAUCAGGACCCUCAGAAGAUGAGCACCAGUAUUCACAUCCCUGCUUCACCACAUCAUACUCUGCAUCAGAAGCGCAAAAGCAUUGCAGGCCAACGCCGGCUUUCCUUAGCUCAGUCGGAUUCUUUGCUGAUGCGGAUGCGCUCAGUAGCCAGUGAUGAGCUCACUCAGAUGAUGCAGCGGCGGAUGAGCCAGGAAAACCCCAUCAGAGCCAGUGAGACCGAAUUCAUCCAGAGACUGCAAAGGCUUGUGGUGCUGGCCGUCAACAGAAUCAUAUACUAUGACAACAGUAAGGACUUUCUUGACCUCUUAAACUUUCUGGAGACCCCUGAUCACAUGGUGACCACACCCUCACCUGGUGAACAGGUAUCAGAAGCGAUACCUGGCCCUUUCCCUCUGGCCAAUAUGAGAUGCUUUCAGAAAAACAUCCUGAAGCUAAUGAUGGAGGGGAUAAAGAUUGGCCUGGGUAGUAUGGGUCGUGGUGGAGCUCCACGACAACAGUGGCAACGUGUUCUCUGGUCUUGUCGGGACACGUUCAGGGUCCAAAUCGGCCGCCUUCUAGUGCACACGCUCAGUCCUUCACUGCCUCUUGAGGACAGGAAGGAGGCACUGGAGUUUGUCAAUGAGCAGAAACAUCCAGACAUCCUGAGAGAGAGCCUUAGUCCUGGCUUGGAGCAUGGACCCAAGCUUGCUCUCUAUCUGUAUGAGAUGCUACAUGACCAUAAAGACAACCUGACUAAGGAAGAGCAGGCUGCUGCUAACACCUUUAUGACUUCGCUGAAACUAUGCGGCCAUCGCUGCAUCCCGCCUAACGCCCCACCCAAGCCGGACCUACUCAAAGCUAUCAGGGAGGAACAACUCAAAUAUGAGUCAGAGGGAAGAACAAGCAAAGGUGCAUGGGAAAAGAAAUUGGCCAGUGCCCAAAAGAUUUUAAUGCAAAGGCUGGAUGGUAAAUCGAAGGACAUUUCCAAGAUCGCAGCAGAUAUCACUCAGAAUGUGUCUCUGGGACAGGGCAUGGAGAGGAAAAAAGUUAUCCAGCAUAUCAGAGGCCUCUACAAAACUGACUUGAGUGCCAGCCGCCACUGGCAAGAGCUAGUACAACAGCUCACCCAUGACCGGGCAGUGUGGUAUGACCAGUCAUCGUACCCCACUUCAUGGCAGUUGGAUCCCACUGAGGGGCCCAACCGGGAGCGCAGACGGCUGCAGCGCUGCUACCUCACAAUCCCCAAUAAAUACCUUCUCAAGGACCGCCACAAACCAGAAACAGGAACUGUCAAGGCCCCACUGGCCUUUUUGUUUGAAGACAAAACCCAUUCCUCCACUGUGAAGGAUAAAGCCACAAGUGAGCCCAUCAGGUUUACACGGCGGUGUGUAAGUGUAGCACCCUCUAGAGAAACUGUUGGAGAACUGCUUCUGGGAAAAUCAGGAAUGUACUUUGUGGAGGACAAUGCAGCCGAGGCCAGUGACACUCAGAUGCCUCGUGGAGAGACGGAGCCUGCCUCCUUCUGCUGGACGUAUGAGGAGAUAAAGGAGGUGCACAAGCGCUGGUGGCAGCUCAGAGACAACGCUGUGGAAAUUUUCCUCACUAACGGUCGAACUCUGCUUCUGGCCUUUGACACCACAAAGUUCCGUGACGAUGUCUACCACAACAUUCUCACAUCAGAGCUGCCCAAUCUACUGGAGUAUGACAACAUUAGUGCUCUCACACAGCUGUGGGGCUCCAGCCAAAUCACCAAUUUUGAGUACCUCACCCAUCUCAACAAGCAUGCAGGACGCUCUUUCAGUGACCUGAUGCAAUACCCAGUCUUCCCUUUCAUCCUGAGAGACUACAUUAGCGAGACUCUGGACUUGCAGGACCCAAAUAUCUACAGAAAUCUGAGCAAACCCAUUGCAGUACAAUCUAAAGAGAAAGAAGACCGAUAUGUGGACAACUACAGGUACUUAGAAGAGGAGUAUAAGAAAGGUGCUCGUGAUGAUGACCCCAUGCCACCUGUGCAGCCUUACCACUAUGGCUCCCAUUACUCCAACAGUGGUACCGUUCUUCAUUUCCUGGUCAGGAUGCCUCCCUUCACCAAAAUGUUCCUGGCAUAUCAAGACCAGAGCUUUGAUAUUCCUGAUCGGACCUUCCACUCCAUGAACACCACUUGGAGACUCUCCUCCUUUGAGUCAAUGACAGAUGUUAAGGAGCUCAUCCCAGAAUUCUUCUACCUGCCUGAAUUUUUGGUCAACAGAGAAGGUUUUGACUUUGGGGUUCGUCAGAAUAGUGAAAGGGUGAACCAUGUCAAUCUGCCUCCCUGGGCCAGGAACGACCCCCGGCUCUUCGUUCUUAUCCACAGGCAGGCUCUGGAAUCAGACCAGGUGUCACAGACACUCUGCCAGUGGAUCGAUCUGGUCUUUGGCCUCAAGCAGAAGGGCAAGGCUGCCAUCCAGGCUAUCAAUGUUUUCCAUCCAGCGACGUAUUUUGGCAUGGAUGUGUCUGCGGUGGAAGACCCAGUGCAACGGCGCGCCUUGGAGACUAUGAUCAAGACGUAUGGCCAGACACCAAGGCAGCUGUUUAAUGCUAUCCACAUCAGCCGGGCUGGUCCAAAACUCAUGAUGGAGGGAGAACUGCCUGCAGCUAUGGGCCUCCUGGUGCAGCUGGCCUUCAGAGAGAGUCGUGAACAUACCAAAGACAUUGUCUUCCCGAGUCCUCUACCAUGGAUCAAGGGACUGAAAUGGGGAGAAUAUGUGGGCUCACCCAGUGCUCCUGACCCAGUCGUGUGUUUCAGUCAGCCCCAUGGAGAGUGCUUUGGCUCCCUGCUGGCUCUGCCCACCCGUGCCAUCUGCGGCCUCUCCCGCAAAUUCUGCCUCAUGAUGAUCUACAGCAAGGAGCAAGGUGUCAGGAGUAUGCACAGUACAGAUAUUCAAUGGUCAGCCAUUCUGAGCUGGGGCUACACUGACAACAUGCUGCGACUCAAGAGCAAGCAGAGUGAACCUCCCAUAAACUUCAUUCAGUGCUCUCCACUACACCAGGUGACUAGUUGUGCAUGGGUGCCUGACGGUUGUCAGCUGUUUACAGGCAGUAAGUGUGGAGUCAUUACUGCCUACAGCACACGCUUCUCCACCACCAUGUCCUCUGAGAUGGAUGUGGAAUCUCAGGUUCACUUGUAUGGCCACACAGAUGAGGUCACAGGCCUGUUUGUCUGCAAACCAUAUAGCAUUCUGAUCAGUGUUAGCCGAGAUGGAACCUGUGUCAUCUGGGAUCUCAAUAGGUUGUGCUAUGUGCAAAGUCUCACUGGUCACAAAAGCCCUGUGAAUGCAGUGUCAGCGAGCGAGCCCACCGGAGACAUUGCUACUGUGUGCGACUCAGUGGGUGGAGGCAGUGACCUGCGACUGUGGACGGUGAAUGGCGAUCUAAUUGGUCAUGUACACUGUCGAGAGAUCAUCUGCUCAGUAGCUUUCUCCAAUCAGCCAGAGGGGGUGUCGGUUAAUGUGAUUGCAGGUGGGCUAGAGAAUGGCGUUGUGAGGCUAUGGAGCACAUGGGACCUGAAGCCAGUGAGAGAAGUAACCUUCCCCAAGUCCAACAAGCCAAUAAUAAGUCUUACGUUUUCGUGUGAUGGCCACCACCUCUAUACGGCUAAUAACGAGGGUACAGUGAUUGCGUGGUGUCGGCGGGACCAGCAGCGGAUGAAGCUGCCUAUGUUCUACUCCUUCCUGAGCAACUAUGCUGCAGGCUGAGACUGCUAGGCCAUUUGUUCAUGUCCUCCCAUCAGUCUUUCACUGGAUAAACAGACUCCUCCCACCUCCAAAUAAACCCCACUGCCUCAGGAAGUUGAGGGGCCUGCAUGCACCAGAACCUGCCCCCUGACCAUGAUGCUUCACCACUCCGAGGCAUGAGACCACACCCCUCAGCGAGCAUACUGUGUGCUAAAAGCUAAUGCACUAUUUAAAAAAAGUAUUAUGUAUAUAUUUAUAUUUUAAAUUUAAAUUAUACUGUACUUGGGAAGAAGGAGGUGUAUUCACGUUUGACUGAAGUGAUUAAGGCUUUUUACCACUGGUUAUGUACUUUCAUGUUUUUGUCUACUCUUCCUCAUUUGUUUAGUUUUUUGCUUUGUAUCUUUUCAUAUUGCUAUUUGUUUUGCAGUGUUUAGUCUUUCCUUCACGUUAUAAUGUUUUGUGUUUUUUGCCAGUGUUUGACUUUGGAAGCUGCUGUAGUGGUUUGACAGAAUCACUCUCUCUUUUUGGUGGCUUCUGUGUUCCUGCUCAACCUCAGAAUUGAAAGUAUCUUUAGAAGUUAGAAAUUGUCUAAACACUAAAGCAGGUGUCUUCACAAACUACACCAGCAGCCUCUGCAGAGUUAUUAGGUAAAUCUCUUCAUUUAAAUCUCAUCUAAAGGUUUAGAGCUCAUUAUUUGCUGUGGCACACUGGAUCCCCUACCAGCACCAUACACUUCUGUGUGGAAAUGGAUGUGAGUUUGUAUGGCAAUGCAUGUAUUACUCAAUGCCUGGUUCAUUCCAUCUUAAGUGUAUGAUUUGUUUUUCUUUCUGUUAAAUGAUAGCUAUAAUAUACACACACACAUGCUAUCUAUGCCUGUUGCUGCAUUAUUCAGAAACAUGACCCAAAUGAUGAGCAUGAACUUGUGUAAUAACUCUACAUGAUCUUAUUCAAAUGGGUUGACAGCCAGUCCAUCCUCAGUGUUGGUGUGUGCCAGCUUUUUUAAUCUUAUUUAAUUCAUCAUCACAGUAUAGUUUGUGCAUGUAAUCUUCUAUUCCUUUCCAUUUAAAACAUUAUAAAAUUAUAUCUCCAGGAAAAAGUCUUCAACCCAGAUUAAUCACAGGAGAACACUGGAAAGUCCAUAUAGCCUGCUUCUCUGUAAAGGUUUAGGUACACAUUUAUGACUGAAAAUAGAGAGGUUACUUCAGGCUCCAGAAAAAGAAUGGUUUUGAUAAAUGAUAUACACAUAAUACAAGGAUGAUCAUUCAGAGAUACAUACAGAGCCUCUUUUUAGAUGUGUAGCGGCAUAUGAAAAUGGCAUGUAACUCACAUUUAGCAGGCUGAAAAUUCACAGGGUGUCACCAUUAGCAAUCAGAUUGCUUUUGAUAUUGAUGAUUCAUAUGACCAGUGUUUCACACCAAUGACAGUGUGCAGUUUUUUGUUGUUUACAAGAUGAUUUCUUGUCAUAGUUGUUGCAAUGACAUGACACAUUUAGGUAUGGAAAUGAAGCAUGUUUACCAUUGUCCUGCACUGUUAGAUGUUACUAAAAUACUAGCUUGAAGCCAUGAGGCUUGAGAUCCAAAGGAAGCCCGAAACUCAAAUUUAGACUUUCCAGAAAGAGUGCACUUUGAGGGUUGACAAAAGUUGAUGUGUUUUCAUGUGUGAAAAUAACUUAUGCAUGCAGAGGGUUUUGAAAGUAUUCAUCAAAAUCAUGUUUUUCUUUGUCAUGGCCAAAUCAUACAAAGGGAAAUUUGUAUGUUUCCUUCACUUUUAUUUGCUACAAUGUUCAAUUUGAUAACUACUAAGGUAAAGUGUACAACCCCAAUUCCAAUGAAGUUGGGACGUGGUGUAGAACAUAAAUAAAAACAGAAUACAAUGA